UGGCACUGUUCCGACUGCAGGACAGGCUGCCCGGGGGACAGCUCAGCCUGGACAGAGAUGGCUCCAGAGGCAUCAAAUCCAUCCGGCAGAAGCUGGAGAGCCUCUCCAAGGACAGGAAAGGGCGCCCUGUCCGUGGAUUCCAUCACGGACCUGGGUGACAACACGUCCAAGCUGCUGGAAGCCCUGCAGCUCUCCCACCCCCAGGAGCUGGAGCCUCGCAGGAGCCGGGGCAAGAAGAGACCCCUGAGCCUGAACCCCAUCAGCUGGCAGGUGCCUCGGGUCGUGGACAGGUGCUGCACACACCUUGAGAUGCACGGGCUCCACACCGUCGGCAUCUUCCGUGUUGGGAGCUCCAAGAAACGAGUCCAGCAGCUGAGGGAGGAGUUCGAUCGAGGGCUGGAUGUUUUCUUGGACGAGCAUCAAAGCGUUCAUGACGUGGCUGCCCUGCUCAAGGAGUUUCUCCGGGAUCUGCCCGAUUCCCUGAUUCCCAGAGAGCUCUAUGGAGCCUUCCUCAGCACAGCCCGCAUGCAGGGGCCAGCCCAGCUGGAGACCCUGCAGCUGCUGCUGUUCCUGCUGCCCCCCUGCCACAGUGACACCCUGCUCCGCCUCCUGCGCUUCCUGGCCCAGGUGGCCCAACACGCUGAGAGCUCCUGGGACCCCCAGGGCCGCCAGAUUCCUGGCAAUAAAAUGACAGCGUCCAACCUGGCUACGGUCUUUGGUCCCAACAUCUUGCAGAAGGAGAAGCCUGGAGAGAAAGAUGCUGGUGCCCUGAACUUUGAGGACAGUGCUGCCAUAAUCCUGGUGCUGCAGAGGCUGAUCGAGCACCACCACUCCCUGUUCAUGGUGUCCCCAGAAAUGCAGUGUGACGUGCUGAGGAGGCUGUUCCAGACAGACCCCGAUGUCAUCGAGUACCUGCUGCGCAGGAAGUUCCCUGACACGCUGAGCCCAGAGCGUGAGGAUCCCAGGGAGGAGCAGGGUGUGUCCUCACUGCCGGGCUGGACACACAGCCUGGAGCGAGGCUCGGUCUCCUCGGAGCUGUUCAGCAACAUCUCCUUCCUAAACCUGGACGUUGGCAUCUAGAGAGCCCUGGCCUGACCCUCUGGCCAAGGCCAGGCAGCUUUUCCCAGCAAAACCCGGCCCUGGCUCACUCUGGGGGCAGAGCUGUG